AUGGUCAAAGUUACUAUCGCAGGCGGCUCUGGGCCCGUUGCCAGAGAAAUCAUAGAUGCCCUUGUUGCUACGGGCAAACACAACAUUACCAUUUUGAGCAGACGAGAUGCUUCGAAUGAUGAUGCGAUUCCCGGAACCACUUGGUAUACAGUGGACUACAGCAACCAAAGUGCCCUAGUGGAGGCUCUCAAGGGAACCCACACUCUGUUGUCUUUUGUUCAGAUCAUGCAUGAAUCAGGACAACAAUCACAGAAACAGCUGAUUGAUGCCGCUGUUGCUGCUGGUGUCAAGCGUUUUGCACCCAGCGAGUAUGGAAGCUCGGGAACUGCUCACAUGUCUUGGUACGCCGGGAAAGAGAUUGCAAGGGAGUACUUGAAAAAGAUCAAUGCAAAUGGAAAGGUUCUUGAAUAUACCUUGUUCCAAACCGGCCUUUUCUUAGACUACCUGGCGUCGCCAUAUCAAACAGCAAAGCACGUUGCUCCUUUGGAUAUCAUCUUCAAUUAUGAAAAAUGCAAAGCCAUUGUGAUUGAUGGGCACGAGGACGUCACGAUUACAUUGACGACGGCGGCUGAUGCUUCCGCAGUCAUUGCCAAAGCCAUCGGCUCUGACAAAGAGUGGCCGGAAAUUAGUGGAAUUCAGGGUAACCGAGCCACGCUUUCCCAGGUCAUCAAGCUUGGAGAGAAGAUUCGAGGUCGUCCCUUUACUGUUGAAAAGGUUGGCAUCGAAAAUCUCAAAGCUGGAGAUAUUAGCAUGCCAUGGCGCUUUGAGAGGAGCCAUUCGGCUAUUAAAGAGGAAGAAGUGCAGGAAAUGGCAAAGGUGGUCGUUAUUGGCUUUUUGCUCAGCAGUCUUGAGGGCGGAUGGGACGUGUCUGGCGAACUCAACCAAAGGUUUCCUGACUACGAGUUUACCAAGAUGGAGGAUUUUCUCUCACAGGUCUGGAACGGGAAGCCAUAG